AUGCCUCAAGUGGGCGGUCAACAUGGAGCCGCCAAAAGAGAUGGGUCUGGGGGCGCCGCAUGCAUCCUCUGGAGUCUCCCGAGUUGGGAGAUCGAGGCAGCGACGGGACAUUUCCUGGAGAAGGCUACCGUGAACGAAGCCGAGUAUUCCGGACUAGUCAAAGGCAUGCAACUCGCUCUAAACAUCGGGAUCCAGGAACUGGAAGCCGAACGACUACAAGCUAAGUUCAAAUCCUUGCGCCUGGUACACGUGAAGAGAGACUUCAACGCCGCCGCCGACUACAUUUCCAAGCGGGGCAUCCAAGAGCAGUCAUCAUUGGAAGUCACGGCCCUCGGGGAGGGGAAGCUGCUCGAAGGCCUGAACCGGAUCUACGAAAAACUGAUGAAGGACCCGAGUCCCAGGGAACAACCACUGGUGUCCGAGAAAAGCAAUGCCGCCGAAGAAUCGACUGCAGAAUCCGGAGCUGACCACUUGGAACCUGUCAACAUCGGGGGCGACGAGCUGGGAACCGAAGGCGCAGAAGACGGACUGGCAGCCGGUCCCCGAAACCCCAACCCCCUGGACCCUGAAGAGGACCCCGAGGACGCUCGCAGAGAACGAUGGAGGAAGACAACGGCCAAGAUAGCGGACCCGUUUGUGCUGGACUCCCGGGGCGCGUUGUUCUAUGUGAAUCGAAACACUCCAGAACGUCCCCGGGACGCUGCUGAUCGUCUCCGCCUGAUAUUACGUAAAGAAUUUUACUGGAUUGAGAUGUUCAAGGACACGGAACGAUACGUCAAAGAGUUCGUGGAUGACGAUACAGCUAAGGGGUUACCCCAGAACCCAGGUUCGUCACCCGGCAACUUGCUAGCUACGCGGCCGUUCCAAGUCGUCUCGAUGGACUUUGUAUACCGUUGCCACAGUCAGCCCGGGGAAACACAGCACCUGCUCUUGUUCCAGUGCGCGUUCUCGGGGUUCAUCAUGUGCAAAGCCAUGGCGAGCACUGAGGCCCAGGACGUGGCCGAAGCUUACGAAGAAUGCGUGUUCCGGUGGUUGGGGGCCAGCGAAAUGAUCCGCCACGACGGGGACCCACGAUUCAUGGGUCGGGUGUUCAAGCACUUCUGGGAGAUGCUCGGGAGCAGACAGCGCGCGACCCUGGCCUACCGCCCCCAGGCCAACGGACAGCCGGAGAGGUCAGUGCAGACAGUGAUCCGAAGUAUCAAAGCAUACGUACAGACGGUGGACCAGAGCAACUGGGAUGAGCUGGCAGAAAAACUCAUGUGGGCACUGAAUAAUUCCUUCGACUUCACUCGACUCGAUACGCCAUUCUACUUAAUACAUGGCUGGGACGCCCAGGGCAUUGUCGAAGCCAUGAAGGCAGAUUUUCCCUGGGACGUCCAACUCCGCGACGCCCAGGAAUGGCGCACGAAGAUCCAACGCCAAGUUGGGUACGCCAGGGUCUGGGCCCGCGACCUCCAAGCAAAGGCCAAAAGACGCCGAGCCGAGGACCAUAACCGGAAAUGA